GAGGUUUUAAUAAAUUGACAAAAAUAAAAAGAAAUCUUUCUGAACCAGUCUCUCUCUCUCUGAGCUAAAGAUUGGAUUUUUUUCUUUAAAUUUGAGAUUCUUCUCAAGCCAAAACCCAGGGACUUGUGGGAAGAAUCUGAUUGACCAGUCAUUACCGUCCCUCGUUUCUCUUUCUGGUAAAUCCUGCAGAUUUCCUCCCAUUUGUGACCAUUCUGAUCAAUCUUGUCUCUGGUUCUGAUUUUCCUUUGAACUGGGUAUCUGAUUCUCAUGAUUAGCAGUCUUGAGUACGAAAAUGGUUUCUCGGAAUAUACUGUCUGAUGGCUUCGAAGUGGCUCCGCCACUGGAACUCGACGAGCUGUUACCGUCCGAGAACUACCAAUCCGAUUCCAACGGCGAUGAAUCGACGGUGACCACUGAAGACGACGACGCUGUGUUCUCCGGCGACAGUCCUCCGUCGGACGCGGCCGACGAAUGGCCGUCGCCGAAGUCGUUCCGUUCGUUCUACUUCGUCAAACAACACCCUUGUGACGACUCUGAGAUCGCGGCCAAGAUCGACGAGGCUGACAAGGAGAUUUAUCGGUGCAACGUUACUCGCAUCCAAAUCUCUGAGUCUCUUAGAGCGAAAAGGGCUGAGAGAUCGGCUUUGUUCUCUCAGAUGGAGUGCUUGAAAUCAGAACGUGACGGAUACGACGCGAUCUUUGAUGAGAGAAAGAGGGAAUUGCAACCUUUGCAAGAAGCUCUCCGGAAGCUCCAUGGCAAUGGCGGUGGUGGUCAACUAUGCUCUUCGGAGAAGGAACUUGACGAUCUCAUCUACAGGAUGAAUUACCGGAUUGAACAUGAGAGCAUCACAUUGACAGAGGAGAAGCAACUUCUCAAGGAGAUCAAGCAGCUUGAGGCGACACGAGGGAAGAUAAUAGCUAACUCUGCGAUCAAAGCGCAGAUUCAGGAUUCGUUUGGGCGAAAAGAAUCCAUCAUAGACCGCGUUAAGUCGAUGGCCAUGAAUAUGGAUGAAGUGAAGAAGGACCGGCUAGCAGUUACAGCAAAGAUAUACCGGUUGAGUGAAAAGCUGAGAAGGAUUAAGAUGGAGAUCGAGUCAUUGGAUGCAGAGCUGGCUGGCGUUCUUGACAAGAGAGACAAAGCCUUUGAAACAAUCAAGAGGUUGAGAAGACAACGAGACCUCAGGAAUGCCGCUUUUUUCCAGAAUUGGUCUGUCAUGAUGAGAGCCAGAGAAUUGGCUGCCUCCGGAAAUGUGAAAUGCUUAGAAGAGCUUGCCAAUGCUGAGGUUGAGAAGUUUAUGUCUCUCUGGAACACUGACAAGGCUUUUCGGGAUGAUUACGAGGAAAGAGUCUCGGCUUCACUUGAUGAACGACGCUUGGGCCAAGAUGGGCGGAUUAAGAGUCAGGAAGAGGAUGUCUCGGUUUCCCUGGAAACCCUAGAACCUCCUGAUACUGCAACCGGAGGUGUUGACAAAUGGGGAAGAGAAGAUUCAAGCUCUUGCUCUUCCCAAGAUGGCAAUGUAGCUGCUGAGAAGACCGAGAAAGAUGGGGAAAUCGUGACAGAUUCUAACAAGUCUGGCUCAGAGGAGAAUGAUUGUAUGGAUCUGGAUAUUGGGUAUCAAAAUCUGCAAGUGGAAGAUGACAUUGAUGAAGAAACAUUGAAGGAGAAGAGACGAGAAGAGCAGCUGGAGAAAGCCCGGCAAGCGACGGAAAGGAAGAAAAAGAUGCUAGAGAAAGCUGCUGCUAAAGCUGCUAUAAGAGAGCAGAAGGAAGCACAGAAGAAACUCAAGGAUCUCGAGAAGAAAGCAAAGAAGAAGGUAGCAGCUACAAGUUCUGGUCCCGUGCAACAAGGUAAGGCCCCAGAGACAGUGACUAAGGCAUCUAAGCCGGAAAAGGCAGAGUCUUUAGCUUUGGUGAAGGAGAAACGGUCGGUGUUUCCGAAACAGAGGAGUUUCAGGUACAGACACAGAGGAAGAGGGACCGAGGCACUCCCGAAAGCCAUUCUAAAGCGGAGAAAGGCUUACAGAUUGUGGGUUUGGGGGGCAGCAGCUGCCUUCGCUGCAUUUGCUCUUGCUCUCGUUUUCUUUGCCUUCUUUUACGUUAAACGAGGGAGAGAGUAGACAAAAAGGUGUCUCUGCAGUAUUCAGCUGUCGGAAAACAUGAAAACAUAAACACAAGAGCAAGAAAUAAUCUCUUGUCUACAAGUAGUGUGACAGAGUAGCAUGCGUUAGUAUACUUUGCUUUGGAUGUGAAUAUAUAUGACGAUGGUUCAGAAGAUGGAAGGAAAGGACUGAGUGAGGGGCUGUGAGUGAAGACUUGAUGAUGAUAUCCACCUAAUUCCAAAAGUUUCAUGCCAAAUCACCAUAUUGGCAUAUACAUACAUACAUACAUAUACAUAAAGAAUGUAUGUUUUGAAGAUCUUGUGUUAGACUGUUGUGGACAAGAAGUUGCUAAACCAGAUUUCUACAUUCUUGUAGUUGUCCUGAAAUGUACUUACUGUUCUAACAGACAAGCUUUUAGUA